UACACUGCAGCCAUGGUGUCCUGCGCUCUUCUCAUCCUGGGUCCUUUGUGGAUCCACAGUCUGAUUCAAGCCUGCAGGGGAGAGGAGCUGUCCAGGGAGACAGUGUUGUCCUGGUUCAGAGAGCGGGUUCUCGAGGGCCUCAGGCUGGAAGAACCUCCUGUGGCCACAAUGCUGGGUCCGGAUGGACAGCCGCAAGCAAGGCACAUGCAUUGGAGGGCCCCCAGGACAAGCAGGACAGAGUGGGUCAACCAUCAAACCAGUCCAAACCAGGACACAUCUCAAGUUAUUCUCUUCCCCAGUUCAGACUCAUCUUGUGACAUGUCUGACUCAGCUCCUGGAGAAACCACAGAAAGCUACUUCACGUAUUAUUUCCAGCCCUCCAUGAACAGCCAGGAGACCCUGGUUACAUCUGCCCACUUCUGGUUCUAUGCGGGCGAAGGAGCCACAGCCAACACUUCUGCCCCUCUGUUCAUUCUUACGUCAGCGCAGCAGCUUCUUCAGGCGGCAGAGGCUCCAUCAAAGAUGAGCUCAGAUGGAUGGACCACAUACCACCUGGAUCAGAGUCUGCUGGUCUCUGUGGCUGAAGGCCCUUUUCUACUCCAGGUCCGCUGCCCGACCUGUCAAUGCCACGCUGAUGAGCCAGAUAAGAUGUCUUUUCUUAACCUCCAUGUUCAGCCUCGUGGGCCAGUCCGUUCCUCCCGUCAGGCACCAGUCACCAUUCCCUGGUCUCCCUCUGCUAUCGACCUGCUGCAGCGGCCCUCUCAGGAGAGACCCCAGUACAGCGACUGCCACCGAGCAGAGAUCAAAAUCAGCUUUGAGGAGCUGGGCUGGGACAACUGGAUUGUCCAUCCGACAGUACUGACUUUCUACUACUGCCAUGGAAACUGCUCGGCCUGGGAUCGAACCACCACAAUGCUGGGGAUCACUCAGUGCUGCGCUCCGGUCCCGGGGACCAUGAAGUCCCUGAGGAUCACCACGACAUCCGAUGGUGGAUACUCGUUCAAGUAUGAGACCUUGCCCAACAUCAUACCUGAAGAGUGUACUUGUAUCUGA